AUGUGUGGUAGAUUCUCGUUAGGCGCAAAUCGCGAGGAGAUAAUCAAUCAACUCGUUCAAGAUGGCAUCCUACCGCAACUAGACGAGCAGGAAUGGCUAGACAGAGAUGAUUUUUAUCCUCGCUACAACAUUGCACCUCGCUCUAGAGCUGCCGUCAUCCGACGAAGAUACGGCCCGCCUACUGAAGACACCCAUAAUAACAUGUCACUGGAUGUUGCCGACAAUCUCACCCAUAACGAAGGCUCCAGAAAGUCGCCGGCGAUGACAGAACCGGCCUUAGGGACCGUCAUCCAAACCAUGCGCUGGGGAUUAGUGCCACGCUAUGCUAAGGCAGAUCUCCCUUCUGUGACUACCAAUACAAUCAAUGCCCGAGUUGAGUCUAUUCUAGAGGGAAAUAGGGCUUGGGCGUAUUACGAAUGGCUAACGAAAGGCAAAGAGAAACUUCCACAUUUUAUUCGCAACCCCAACGCCUCAAAGAAGCUAUACAUGGCUGGAAUGUGGGAAGAAGUUACCUUUGAAGGCACCGACAAACCCCUCUUUACCUUCACAAUUGUUACGGUUCCUGCUCGCGAUAGCAUGACCUGGUUACACGACAGAAUGCCUCUUAUCUUUUCUCCCAACUCUAGUACCGAUAUGGAAAACCUGAAUAUGUGGUUGGAUACAGACAAAGCUAAGAAUCGUGGCUCAGACAUCCAUCAUUUCCUCCAGGGUUAUUUGCAUAAUUCCGGCGAGGAAUCUCUUACUAUAUAUCAGGGCAAGGUUGGAAAAGAAUCUCCUUCAUUUAUACAACCGGUGCAAGAACGCAAAGAUGGAAUCAGAGCUAUGUUUGCCAAACAAAAGCAGGCUACCUCAUCGGAGAGUACCAGCGCGAUCGAGAAACCUAACACCAGCAAUCAUGCGGAUGCAGAGACCUCCCAAUCGUCGUCUGAAUCUCGUUCGACCACAAAACGACAACGAACCAUGUCUCCAGAUAACAACGAUGCACAUGCUGAAGGUAGCUCACGGAAAAAGAUAAAAAUUGACACCCCCUCCCCGCCACCGAAAGUAGAUGAGGUAACUCAAGGUAACUCCCCAGCGAAACGCAAACCUCCUGUCUCGCCGAGAAAGAAGGGUGGAACUGGAUCACCAUCCAAGAAAGAUGCAGCCGGUACCAGGAGUAUCAUCGAGUUUUUUCAACCUAGUCCACGAAAGACAGACCGUGCAUGA